AUGGCAAAGAGAACCUGUUUGACAAUUGAAUCACAACUAAACUUCUAUACGCGUUUUCAGACCCAAACGGUGCCAAAACCAUACCCUUUGGGGCGGCACAUACCUAUAUGGUUUAUAUAAGGGCGUGCCCGCGGGAAAUAGGGUCAGGAUUUGGAGAAAGGGGCGGCGCACCCCCACCAAGAAUUCUUCGGAGUUCCCCCCGGGAAGUUUAAAAAUAUGAAUUGUACGUGAUGUUGUAACUUAAGGCUCCUUUUCGCUCGCGCCACAGGUUUUUCUUUCCGCUUGCAUUUCCCCCUGUCGUCUGCUAUAAAGACGGGAAAUGAUCCUCCUUUCGUUCCAUCAAACUUUAAAAUCAAAUGAACGCAUGAAGCCGGAGAAUUUCUUAAUCCCUCUAGUGUGAUCAUUUAAAUGAAACCUAUUUAAUAGGCAAUGUUAUUACGUGAAAGUAUUCGAAUUUUCACAGCAUGUAAUUCGAAAUGCUUCGCGAAUUUUAUUUUGGGCCACUCUUAGGUGUAAACAGACUCAACACCAGACGGACAAUUUUUUCAAAAACUUUUGGAAAGGUGGAAAAAGGAACAAAGCAUAUUUUGCCGAUAGAAAGGAGUUAUCAACUAACGAAACGUCUGAGGUUGAUUGAAAAACUGUUAUCUGUUUGCGGUGUGCUUUGGAAGGAAGGCGGCGAAAUUCGCGGAGAGAUUUUACUCAGAUAAAGUGUUCUCACUUAAGAUACUAAUGUCAUUAAGGACUCCCCGCGAACAAAACAAUGAUUUGCUUUACUUUUACUCCUGUACCUUGACUAACUACUUGUCUUUAUAUUCAAUUUAUUCAUUUAUUUUUUUUACUUCCUAAUAAUAUUAAAGUUUUACCGAUAGUGUUAGGGAAUUAUGCUCUUAGCAGUCUAGUUUUUUAACUAUAGUACUUGCCUGUUGAUUUCCGAUGAAAUGUGGCUUCUUUUGUAACGCAGCUCAAAAAAAAUUGUCUGCCACAAUUGCCACAGACUAGACUAUAAAUAAAAAAAAGAAUGAUUAGCCCGAGGGCACUUAACGAAAGCUUGGAUAGGGUGUUACUUUUAUAAACUCCCUUGAAGCCUGAAGCCAAUGAACGCUCUCCGUCAAAAAUUCUCUCAAGCACAAACAACUUGCCACUUGGUCUACAGCUUUAUUCUGUGUAAUAAUGAUAAACUCCAUAAACAGAGAUGUUGGUUAUACCCUGUACAAGACGUUAAAUAUUAUAGUUAAUGUGAAUACCCUGACCCUUAUGAGUUACUAUCCUCACUCAUGCUUUUCCAAAAUCGAAUAAAGUUAAAAAAUGUCCGAAAUUUUAAUUCAGUUGUGUGCAAUGGAACAGGAAAUUACGCCACGAACAAAGUCAACAUUACAGUAUGCAGUCUUAUGAUACCCGUAAUUUUUCAAUUUUGUCGUGUGAAAUUCACGUUUUGACCUUAGAGGUGAGAUUGGAAGUAAGGAAAUAGGAGGGCCAUUUAUAAGAGGAAAAAUAAGACGCGUCCUGAAUAAGACGCAAACUAUCUAGUAUAAACGCGACUUAGCAAAGACGCGUCUUAUCGAAGAACAGGUGUUAGGGGCUGUUCUUAGAUAAGACGCGUCUUCGCUAAAUUUCAAACGAAAUGUGCCGUUUAUACGGGAUAGUUUGAGUCUUAUUUAGUACGCGCGCGUCCUAUGUAAGACGCGUCUUGUUUUUCCUCGUUUAAACGGCCCUAGUGUCUCUUUGGGUUAGAUGGAAAACGUGAGUGUGGAGUAGAAAGAAAAGAGUUUUGGAAGUGCGGAGUACGGAAAAUGAGGUGUGUCAAAAAUGUGGAUUGUGGUGGAAAGGAUGGAAAAUAGGAAGCGCUGCAUUCUUUGAAAAUUGAUUUAAUCAAAUUUUGUUUAAUUUGACAAUCAAUAAAUUAUCAGACCAUGUUCUUUUUAAAAUUUUCAUUCUUCUCUAAAAAUAGACCCCAAGCGCUGUUAUUACUUGGCGUAGAAAGUGCUAGGGAGGCUAUGGCGAAAGAGAUAAAAACAAAACCCUUUUGUGGCCAGCUCAUUACCCUUGUGGGCAUUUUUGUUUCUGUCCUUGAGAUCGCGACUAUAUUUGUCGUACAACACUUUGUACUUGCUCUGCGAACUUUUCAUCGAAGUUUUAUUCCACGGCCAUCAAAUGUUUUUUGCCAAAGCGAUCCUGAUCCUGGAACUAGUAUAACUGGCCAAGAAAAACAGAUCGCCUUCCUUCCGUUUUCACACGCAUAACACAGACGCAAUCAUAAGCACAAGAAGAAGGAACACUUAUUCAUUCUCAAGAUUUUGCUGGCUUUCAUAACCUUUUCUUAUGCUCGCGCGUUUGCUUGUCUCGCUAGUAAAUCUAGUGAAAACCAUACAUGAAGUCAGAUUGUUGGCUGUUUAUUGAUUGUUAAUGUUUGUUGUCAAAUUAGAUUAAACUGCGUGAGUCAACCAUCAAGUAUUAUACCUCUUCCUGUUUUAAGAGUUUGACACAUUUCUUUCUUCUUUUUUUUUAAUUUUUCCACCACUACUCUUUAUUUUCCACACCCCAGACGCUGCAUUCCUCGUUUUCCAUUUUCCUUUUUCUAAUUCAUUCCAGGUGUGGUCCACUCGAGCGCUUUAUCAGAUGUUUUUUUUCCAUUUGUAGCGUGAAGAAAAUAUUUCUUGUGUAUUUGUCCACUAUUGUAUUGGUAAAUCUAAUUUCUGACUUUGAUGCCAACACGUUCAUCAGGCCACCGAUCACAAAAUAGAACGUGCCUUGGCCUUCUUCGCUUAUGCUUAGAGUUUUCGGAAUGCAAAACUGAGUGAUAUUUUAUUACCCAAAGGAAAGCUAUCAGUUAUCAAAUGUUAUCAUAAGCACGUGUGUCAAUUCAUCACUACCCGGGAAACGAUGACAUUCUCUCUCGUUUCUGUCUUGACCUCAUGCGGACAAAGUCACAAACAUGAGGGUAAUGAAGGCGGGUGAAUGGUUGGAUGCUGUGUCAGCAAACACUUAAAGAAGGUGAAAAGGACAUAUCAAGUUUUGCUAUUGUGGAAACUAUAUCGAUUUAACAGGUUGAAGGAGGCAGGAUUUCAAAAUUAUCUGUCCAUUCCUCUCUAUCAACGUUACAGGGACGAAGAUGGCCGAUUUUGCAAGCCCGACUAUCUCACAAAAUUUCUCUUCUGUUGAUACAUCAAAGUUCGACAAAUUUGCAACAACUCCUUCAUCUUUGGAUGAGUCAUACGAGCAAGCCUAUAAAAUAACAACGACAAUACUCUUUUCGGCUGUGACCUUUUUCGGAGUUUUUUUCAACUCCAUCAUCGUUUUCACCGUCUACCGAUACCCUGAGAUGCGUUCGCCCUGCAAUCUUCUCAUAGUGAACAUCGCUGUAAGCGACCUGGCUAUUGCUUCGUUGGCUGCCCCUUUGCAUAUUAUCGACGAAUUUGUGGGAUGGCCAUUCGGAGACACCAUGUGCAAAAUUCUUUUUCCAAUGCAAGAGUUAUUCGUUACCGUGUCCGUAGCAACACAUACAACGAUCGCAAUGGAAAGAUUUCGGGCGAUUGUACGGCCCUUAAAAAGACGUCUAACAUUACGGGGCACAAAAUUUAUAAUUUUCGCAAUAUGGCCACUGUGUUACAUAACCUCUUCGCUACCACUCGCCCCUAUUAUGAUCACGGUGGAAAGACGAGGUAUGAAACGAUGCAUGGUCCAAUGGCCAUUCGAGCUGUACCGUCCUAUUUAUCAAGUCUAUCUUGUUAUUGUCUUCAUUGCUAUUCCUCUGUUCACACAGACAAUGGCUUACUUCAAGAUCCUAAAAACACUACAAACCAGGCUCGUUCCUUCGAGUGCGCUGACUGACCAGCUGACUGACAACACGUUGUUCACGCGUGCCAUACAGCAACAGAAACGCCGGCGGCUUAUCAAGACUUUGGCCAUCUUAGUUUUUGCCUUUCAAGUGUGCUAUAUUCCGCGCGGAGUGAUGAUGCUUAUUUAUGGAUUUUCCGACACAGCGGAUUUGAACAUGAGUGCCUUUCUUUACAUCUAUCUAUUUACGCUAAUUUUGUUCUAUUUGAAACAUGUCAUGAAUCCUAUUAUUCUCUUUGCCACAAGCUCUGAGUUUCGCCGCUCAAACUGUCUACGUAUCAUCUGUCAAUAAUAAUGCUUGGCCUCUCGACAACUUGACCUGGCCUACACACCAAAAGCCGGAAUUUUUUAGAAUUUUUAGGUUAUCAGAAGAAUUUUAAAAAUUUUAAGGGAUUUUCUAGGAAGAUGAAGGAUUUUUGCAGGAUUUUUAGGCGAUUUUCACGAAAUGUUGUUCGUUUGUCUUUGAUUUUCUCUACUGCCAUUGUGAUCCAUACAGUUGAACCACAGAGAGCCCAAGCUCGAAAUAUGAGCAUCGGCGAACAUCGUCAUUCGAAAUAUACGGAUUUGUAUGGGAAAAACACCUAUCGUUUCUGUAACCUUCAAAAAUGAAACGAUUUCAAUAAAAAACUGCUUACCUUUCUUAAAUGUGUGUUGCGUCCCUCCUGUGUAGUCCACGGGCCGAUAUAUGGCCUUUUUAUGGGUUUUUGGGUAAACGGUUUUCUCUCUAUGUAAAGUUGGAGAAAACCGUCAGGAGCCGAUUAAUCGUCCGUUUACCCAAAAACCCAUAAAACGGCCACAUAUCGACCCGUGGACUACGCAGGAGUGACGUAACAGCCAUUUAAGUAAGGUAAGCUGUGUUUUUAUUGAAACCCUUUCAUUUUCGAAGGUUACAGAAACGAUAGGUUUUUUUCCCAUACAAAUCCUUAUAUUUCGAAUGUUACGCAAUAAUGACAAUGUUCGCCGAUGCUCAUAUUUCGAGCUUGGGCUACCUGUGGUGGAACCUCGAUAUAACGAAGGGCCAAGGGACUGGCAAGAUUUGUUCGUUAUAAACGUUUCGUUAUAUCGAGGCCCUUUUGUCACAUAUUUUACUAUCAGAAAGGUAAAAAAAGAUCGUACGUUGAAACGAGGACUUCGUUACAUAGAGGCUCGUUAAAUCGACAGUGGAACCUCGAUAUAUGAAGGGCCAAGGGACUGGCAAAGUUUCUUCGCUUUAACGCUCGAGUUUACGUUAUAUCGAAGUUCUUUUUCAUACAUUUUACUAUUUCUGGGGUAAAGAAAAUCGUUCGUUAUACCGUUCGUUAUGUAGAGGUUCGUUUAUAUCGGGAUUCCACCGUUAAGUAUCUAUACUGUUCCUUAAAUUUUCCAAUUAUUAAGUAGUGCCUGCAAUCCAACCUAGCAGCGGUCUGAGUGAAGUCAACGGGUUGAUAUUCUUUCCGAUUUUAUUUAUUUUAUAAGUGGAAGUAGGGCGCUGUGAAAACUAUCGCACAAAAGUGUGGGGGGUUUGGAGAUGUUUAGAAAUUCUUGGGAUUUUUAGACAGUCAAUUGAAAUGGGAAUUUCGGUAGAGAUUUUUAGAACAUUUUUCGAGAUUUUUAUGUCUAGGCCUAAAUUAUUGGGUUCUCUAAACUUCUUUGGCACGUGUUAGUGCGAAUUUAUCCUUUCUUUGCUUUUCUCGUCUUGGACAUUUUUUUAUUUCCUGUCUGACGAAGGUCAGGAAAAGUUACCGAAGUUUCCAGAUUAAACGACCUUAAACCACUACUACGUUAGCUUUUUCUUGUCAUCUUUGUUUAAGUGUUCAAAAGUUAAUCCAGGUGCUUUAAAGGAGUAAAUCUCUUGCCAGGCCUUUUUGGCUUUAUUUUCUCUUUUUUCUACAUUAGUCUCACGGUCAUCAGUGCAGGAGUUAACACCAUACUGCAUAAGAUCAAAAGAACCUACCAUUUUUGCAGAUACGAUUUUAACUUUUAAUAAUACCAACUACUCGGACUGUCGCUUUUAACUGAAAAUCAACUCAUCUCUCUCCAAACUCGGCGUGAGACCAAGUGAACAAUAAUUCUAUACUGUCAGUUAGUGUGAAUGACUUCUGCGGCUCACAGUUAUUGCAAACGUCUUUAACAUAGAAGAAAGUAAAAAUCAAAACACCAAACUCUAUAGCAAAUGUUUUUCAAUGCUUUUCACGUUUGGGUGAUUUCCGUUUGUAAACAGCAAGUCGAAUUCUUUGACUAUUUGACGAAAUAAUUAAAAUUGAUCUUCAAGCUGAGUUAUCCCGUCAUGAGAUUUUGCGCUUAACGGCAGAUUCCAGUAAUGGUUAAUGGGGGAGGUCAGAUGUGUUCCUUUGCUGUUUAUAUAACAUGUGUUGGACUAGAAGCAGUAUGUGUGAAAACAACAGAAAACUGCUCCUCAGAGCAGAGGUUAGUGAAAAUACAAAGUAAAACAGGAAAUGAACAGCGAUACUACUUCGCUUGGAAACGGCAGAAACCUUUCGCCCCGGGGGCUAUAUAUUAUAAAUAUGUUCUGAGGGGGCAAUUUUAAAAACCUGACCAAAGUGAUAGGCAGGCCUCAAGGUUAGCCUGUCUGUUAUGGCUCGCCAGAGUCAGACUAUUUUUUUUUUACCUAGCCUUGGUAUUGUUUUUUUUUAUACUGAAAGAAAAAAAUCCUACUGCGAUUUACGCACCGAUUUAACAUUCUCUAGCUGAUAUCAAUUUACUUCCGUUUCUUCCUCGAGGUAUACGAAAGGGUUGGGAAAUCUGUCAUCAUUUCGGAAUAGAAUGUAUGGCUGUGAAAAGUGGGGAAAACGUUCUGGUUUUGUGCUUUAUUCAUAUUUCAAAUACAGUGCAUUUACAGCAGUUAAAAAGAUGCAAAAUUCUAAACUAAGUAUGAGAAAGAGGUACCAUUUUUCCACAGAAGUUAUGUAUACUAAAGGGGAACCUUUUCUGUCGAAGAUGGUAUAGAAAGGUGUGUAAGGGGUUGGGCCUCGGGGCGGAGCCCCCCCUUAUGAAACUUUGUUGAGUACUCACUCCUUCGUCCCACCAAGGUAACCACCGAUAAUUUUAAAACUAACCAGUCUGUCUGAAUUCCUCCGGUGUGACGGUCGAGGAGCGGUGACGUUCUUAAGUGGGGUACUCUCAUAUAUAUAGAUGUACAAAUGUUUUUAAUAGCCGUUUACCGUUUAAAAUAAGGUUUAUAUAACUUUGUGAAUGCGACAGGCGCUGUUAUUGGUCCUUGUCCACUGGUCAUGUAUUAUAGAGUACAGAAACACGAUGUACGUCUCAGGAAACUUAGUUUUCUUUGUUUUGUUCAACAUGGCGCGCGGUUUAAAAGUGUUUGCGCGGUUAUUUCAGAUUGAACAAGUGAAGAUCUUGGAAAAGUUAAGCAGAGGCUGUUUACAAAUCAAGAAGGAAGCAACGGAGGCGAAAAGUACUCCUGGCGACUUAAAAAUGCUUAAACUGGCACAAUCUUCGAAACAGCUGUCAUUGUUCUAGGAGUUGACAUCAGCGUUGAAAAUUUUCACGUAACUAAUUUUGCUUUGAGCAAGUAUAAACGUUUAGGAGAAGGUUACGAUCCAGUUCAAAUAGGUGAGGACGUAAGAAGAAGCUGAUACGAAAACUGAGUUGCAUCGUUGACUCGAAAAAUGUUUCAACUGGAAUAAAUCCUUUAAUAGUUAAGCGUUUCGAGGCGAGUGUAUCGUUCGGCAAACGGCGAUUUGUAACACGUGACCAAAUUUUCCUUUUUUAAUACCUGUCGUGUACUGUUCAGUUUGUCUACACAGAAAAUAGGAGUUAAAUGCCACUUUCAUCCAUAGUAAUAAACUUGGAGAGUUUUUAUUGCUCAUUUCCUAAUUUGAGAACUUGUCAACUCAUUUCUGACGUUUACCGUAAAAGUAGUUCUAAAUUUCUCUAUUGUUCUAGUGGCCAAUGUUUUAACAGGAAAUAUGUUCCAGCUAAACAACAAAAGAGGGACUGGACACGAAUAUAUGAAACUCAAAGAGCAGCUGGAUUUAUAGCUCAUUAAAGAGUUUUUUAUUCCCACGGUAGCUUGGCAGGUGCAAUUUAAUAACACCUCGCAAUUACCUCGUCAGCGAAAGUUAUUACAGCGUCCUGAGUUGAAGUAGCUACCUUGUUCUUCAAUUUCACUACCAUCACUGAACUUUUAUCGCUUAAUACUUACUUAACUUACUCGGUUAGUGGGAUCUCACUUGCCAUAAUUACUGGAGAGGUCUGUCGUUCAAUACUGAGCCGAUUUUAGACUCAUUUUGCGGCUCUGAAAACAGAAUAUUACUCAGAUUACUGAACCAAGGGCAAGACCAAUAUAAAUGCCGAGCCACGCGAAAAGAGAUAUUUCAGUUAUUAUAAUCAAAAUUGCAGAAAAUACGGCCCAACAAAUGGUAAAUAUAAAUGGUAAAGCAAAGUAAGCAAAAAUUGCUAAUUAAAAGGUACCAUAACGAAUAAAAUGUUGAAAAUUUCGAUAGAUCCUCAUACGUGUUUUCUCAGACUAUUUGGUCGUUUAUAAACCUAAAAACAUUUUCCCUUCAGUUACUCGAUCAGAAUAUUUCUGACAUGCUAUAGUUUUUCUUCCUUAUUACUUUUUACUGAACUUACUGACGAAUGUUUAAAUUUAUUGUAUUCCUCUUUCACAGUCGUGGUAGACUUUACUCCUCCGCGCCGAGAGAGUCUUUUCAGUAACAUUUAAUGGGAAAAAUUGUGGGCUACAAUGCUUACGCAUUUAGUUGUGGAGGAAGUUUGAAAAAUAAUGAUAUUUGAAAAGAACUUAAAUAUGGUCAAUGUUGAUGAUAAAUAUAACAAAAUAUUUAUGUGCUAACUUAUCGUGUUAGGUUGUUAAAAGCUUAUUGAUUAUAGCCUGUUAAUGCAACUCGGUCUUCAGGAUGUUCUAGCAAUUAACAAAAACAAAACGUGUUAAUAGCACUUGAAUGAAUACGUCUAUUAGAUGUUUUUACAAUAAGCCCCGAGGCAGAGAAACAAGAAGUUAAAUCAUGAUAAUUGUGAAACUUUGCUUUUUAUUAUCGCCGCCUUUCGGCGUCAUUUCCUUUCGCAUUUCCAUUUUAAAGGAAGAAAUCUAUUGACGUCCGUCACUCAAAAAACACACACUGCCAUAGCCGUCUAAAGGAGAAAUUGGAAUACAAUUACAGUCUUACUCGAUUGCAACACAGAGCCUUGCCGAGAUCUUGGUCUGAGUGAGCUGUACGUCACGUAGGCCGUCGUGAUUAUCUAAAAGGUAAGAACAAAGUUCACGUUAAACGACUGACUAGGCGGAACAUGUUCGUGAAAGAAAGGCAAACUGCCUUUUUGUAAUUUUUUUUUUUCACACUAUUAACCCCCACCCCCAUAUCGAAAAAAUGUUCCCUUUGUCUUAGUGUUAGUGGCUACCAAAUGAUAUCAAAUGUAAUAAGACCUGCAGCAAUCUUUUUUUCCGACUUGUUUAGCUGACGGGGCAGGGUAUUUUGCAGAACGCCGAAUGCACACCGAAUGACCCUGAGUUUUUAGUAAUUAGGGUUAGGAAACUGAGUGAAUCAGGUUUCAGGUAAGUUUUCCCAGUACAAUGACCCUAAAUGAAACCUGAUUCACUCAGUUGCCUAAUCCUGAUCACUAUACUCCAGGGUCAUUCUGCGUUCGGCGUUCUGCGAAAUACCCGUUCGUAGUCUAGCCGACAAACCUGACCCUCCUCUCAUAGUUAUAAGCGCAGCAUAUCCGGAUUGUAAUAAAAGAAUUACGUGCGUUUCGCACUUCAACAGGACAGGUUUAGUUUUGUAGUUCUACUACAAAGUGCCUCACAUGAUUAUUUAUCUGCUUGGACACUUACCUUAAAUUUGCGGUUCAGUUUUGGCAACACAGAUUGGAAAAUACAUUCCGCCAUGUUGGAGGGAAUCGCCGACGCGGUUGAGUGACACAAUUACUAUUUAACGGCGGGAUUCAUAAGUUUUUGAGGACCAAUUUGAUGGCUUGAAAUAACAAAAUUUCUUUCUAAAUUACAGCCGCCUAGACAUAAUCAGCCUUUUUCGUCUGAUUUUAUAGACUUGCAGUCGCUUUUCAAUUUUUCCAUUUUUUGGUCUUGCAGGGUUUACCAAAAUUAACAAACUUACAUCUUGAAUAAAUAAUAAGUUGGCAGCGCGCACAAGCGGUUCAAUAAUAAAUGGCACAAACAGCGUUAACAAACUUUAGCUACGAUACCCGGACAGCAGCUCAUCGAAACAUGACAACUGAUUCCAGCAAUGGCACCGAACAAUCUGAGCAGGACCAAGUCCAACUGUUUGAUCCGAUGUCGUACAACAUCAUGGUCGUCGCCUUCUUUUCUGCUAUUUUCGCGUUCGGUUUGGUUGGAAACGCUUCGCUUUUAGGCACCAUCCUGCGGCGGAAGAAGUUAAGAAAUCCAUGUGGCCUUUUGCUGGCCAACAUUGCCCUGGCGGAUCUGGGUGUUGCAGUGAUUGCCGCGCCUUUAAGAAUCGCCGAGCUGUACUAUAUCGGUUGGCCGUUUGGUUCCGCCCUCUGCCGCCUGAUUCCUCCUCUACAAGACGUAAUGGUGUGUGUAUCUGUCGUCACACAUUCUACCAUAGCCUUGGAACGCUACAGAGCGACGGUUACUCCGUUCAAGGCGAGACCGUCAUCAGGCAAGACAAGAUGUGUCAUCUUUGGAAUAUGGCUGUUCUGUUACAUGUUUGGAGGUCUUCCAUUAACCUUCCCGCUUAAACUGGAGACCUUCGAAGGGGUGGUGUAUUGUUUUCCAGACUGGACUACUCUAUAUCGCAGAGUUUACGAGACCUACUUGGUGGUGAUCUUCAUCGUGGUUCAGCUGGUCAUUCAGAGCUAUGCCUACAUAAGCAUCAUUCGAGCCUUGAAAAGCAAAAGUGAAAUAAUUUCCAUGGUAGCAGCCAAAACGGAAAGUAUGGUGCAGUCGGGGACCUCUUUUGACUCGCGAGUUUCGUGCAAGGGAAUGGCUGCGAGUAUGAAGCGUAAACAAAAACUUGUCAAAAUGCUUCUUGUUUUGGUCAUAACUUUCCAAAUUUGUCAUCUCCCUCGUGGAAUCACGAUGCUUUAUCGCGAAUUUGCAGAUCCCUAUUCGAUUGGUCCAACAUUUGAGUAUUUAGACCUUAUAGCGCUUGCUCUGUACUACCUGAAACAUGUAAUAAACCCUUUUAUUCUGUAUGCAAUGAGCGCAGACUUAAGAAAUGGAGUGAAAAUGUGUUGUUGUAAACAUGGUAAAGGCACAGAGAACUUUCAGAACAGCCAGAUUAAAUCAACGUUCUACUCUGUCCCAAAGCGAACAGUAGAUUUCGACGAAGAACGACUGGAGGAAGAUGAAAUUGAACAGCCACUGUAAACAGACACUGUACUGUGCACAAGCGUCAGUGAACGCCGAACUAAAAGACAAGGAAGGCUUUAAAGCCAAGUCAGUAAUGCAAAAACUCAUUCUAUAAAACUCAGUUUCUUUUCUUUUCUCUUUAAUAAUAUCUAUAAUCGAACACAAAAUGACACAAGCCAUUUGAAACUUAGAGCUAAACAAAAUUAAAGUCGAAAAUUACUUCGUCAUUUUAAUAUUAAUUUGUCACAUAAAAUUAUAGUAAUCGCUUAUGUAAUAUGUGGAUCCUACGAUGCCAAUUAACCCGUGUAGAAAACCCAGCAUAUCUUGUGAAUAAAUAUUUCAGCGCAUAUUGGUGUAAUUUGCAUACAUUGUGGGGAAAUUAUCGUUUUUAUGAGCUGUUGUUCGAAACCGCCUCUAUGAGGGGUCGGUCGCUUAAUUAGUACGGUUAAAACAAAAUUAUUUAUUUUAUCUAUUGUGUUAUUUUACGCUUUGUGUGAUAAAUUUUAAAUGGUUCGCUUUUCCCGAUUUUAAGUUCCGACUUUUUUAUUUCUUUCAAUUACCAUUUUGAUCAUUGAAAUGGUCAAACUCCAACAUCACAAAUUCUCAUGAUUCAGAAUAAGAAUUUGCUUGGGAACUGCCUAGCUUUUAGUUUGCGUUUAUAAGCCGUCUUUUGAGUUAUAAACUGGGGUUUUAGAUAUCGCGGAGAUUCCCAAUAAAUUUUCACUCGACACGAGUCUUUCUUGUUCCAUUUUUAAUUAAAAUGACGGAUAAGUGCUCAAGUUUGGAAGGAAUGAAACACCGGAUAAUUAUUUCAUGGAGGUUACUUGUUGCCCGUGGCCACAAAUAAAGUUGGUAAUUUAAAAAUAUCGCCGUUUUGUUCUGUUGACUCCCACAAUUUAAUUGUCCGACCUUUGCAGAUAAACAAUGAUCGAAACACUUUUAUAUUCAUAUCUUUCAUCGGGUUUUUAAAAAAGAAAUUCAGAUGUCUUGCGUUUUAAUCGAUAAUCACUUGAGCUCUCGGCUGUCCUUAACAUGAAUAAAUUUGAUGUUCAAUUUCCUUGUUAUUUUAGACUUUCAAUGUUGGCAACUUCUAGCCAUUUAACUCAGUUUAUUUCAGUUUUAUUUUUACAGUCUUUACAAAUCUUGAUGUCCAAUGGGCACAAUUUGAUUAUGUCAGUUCUGAUGACUCAGAAAAAAUAAUUGCAGUCUUGUAUUAUUUCCCACCAUAGCCGCCAGAGGAAAUUUAAAAUGAAAUGAAUAGAACUGUUUCAGUUUUCAUUUUAGAUUGAACCUUUGCGGCUAGACAUCUGGCCUUGUCUGCUUUUGGGAUAGCAAAACCAGAGUAUAAUUCUGUUAUAAAACCAAUUAAUGACACUAAACAAGACAGACCUGUACACAAUACCACAACUGACAACUGUACUCAAUACUUGUGCGGCUAUUGAUUAACAAAGUCAUAAACACUUUUGUGAAGUUAGCCGAGCAAACGCAAUAUAAAAGACAGCGACUUAGCAGUUUAUGCGGACGUGCUACUCCUUGCAGUGAUGUGAUUGCGUGCGACCUAGGGUGCAGCCCCCGCAAAGGAGAAAACGAUGGUUUUAUAGUUUACAGCAGUGGGUGGGUCUUAUCUCAGUCUGAGAGUUAAAAAUUGGGCUAGAUUAUGAAAGAAAAUGCAAGGUCUCUAUAAGUGAAAACCUGGCGAUUGCAACACAUAAAAGAAAACACUCCCAUAUGAAAGUAAUUCUGCAUACAACAUAUUAAAAACAAUUUGCAUAUGUUUUUGUAGGCAAUGCGUUUGGAGCAGGUGACCUGAUGUUUUAAAUUAGAAGCCGGCCAUCUUUUUAGUCCAGAAAGAUGAGGAAUUAUAAGUAAAGCUCUGCAAUAUAUCCGUAAAAUUCAGUUUAAAACACGCAACUGUGAACCAGUUCAUUAAAAAUGAGGGAGCCGCAACCCUAAUAAGUUCCUAUAAAGUAAUAGCCUACUGCUAUCUGCUAAUAAUUUAAGCAUCUGACAUAAUUUAUUGAAAAGUGACAAAAAUGAACGACGUCUUUAAAAUUGUAUUGGCGUUAUCUCUGUGAUAACGUAAUAAUCGCGCUAAAUAAAUGGGUUUCUAGACGCGCGGUUUCCUCCCUGGCUCUAAUAGUUUGGGUAUCAUGACAGUUUUGGCACUUUUUUAACAGCUAAAUUAUUCUUUGAGUUUCAAGACAGCAAUAUUAUGUCCGACUGAAAAUUUUGCUUAUCUAUCUACCAACUUUCAACCUUAGGCCCUUAUCUGGAUAUCUCAAGGUUAGUUCCUCAAAAUAUGUAUUUAUAUCUACAUUUACUUUUGAAUCUGUUUGUUUUGCCUCUGAUGUAAAAAAGUUUGGACAUGGUAAUCAGAAUAUUUUAAAUUUUAGUAAAAAAUGGUUUUCUCCGUGAAUAACUUUAUUGUUUCGUGAUAGGACAGUCUGAAGGGAUAUUAAUUAAUUAAUUCACUUCUUUCCACGGAAUUCAUUUUCCUAGAAGGUGAUUCUUUUUCUGUAUGAAAAAUGCGAAUGCUGGAAUUUUUUAUAAAUUUUAAAUCAGCCUCAAAAAUAUUUCCAGAUAUGUCGAUUGUUGAUUUGUUACCGGCAAACGCAGAUGAUCAAUAAACUUUGCUGGAAAUUUAAUCAGAAACACGGACAUUGCCAAAAAGUCCCCGAUAAAUUUCCGAUCCGAUAUAUUUUUUUCAACCUUUUGUCCCAGUAAAAACAUUCAAUCACGGCUUUAUUUGUGGUCGUCUGUGAUAAAUUUCCUUUCCACGUCCUCUGAUUUGUGAGUUUAUAAACAACCAUUUAUCGUGGGUUUGAUUUGAAAUUCUUGCAAAACUGUUCUAAAAUUUACAAACUGCUAGGCAAAAAAAUACAUAUUACAAUUUCCCCUGCAGUAAAAAUGAAGUCACCGUUUUCCUUUUUUUUUUUUGGUUUUUCUUUCUUGAAUAGCCCAAAGCAAGCUUACAAUGUAUGAAAUCAGUCUUACUUUUUCCUAGAUUAAGCCACAGUAACAUCAGUUUGUAUGGUACCGGGGGGUGUUCAAGGAAUGUUUUGGUAUAGGGGUGGGCUGUCGAGUCCUUCAAACCCGGACCCAGUUUGACACAAAAAUUGUUCACUUCGCUGCUCUGUUUAAGACAAAAGACCUUAUUUGAUCAAGACCCUGAUUCUUUUCGUUUUAGAAACGAAGUAGAAAUUAUUCAAACUAACGACGUGGAAUUAGAUUUUUCAAUGCUGGUAACGCAGAGGUAGUCCAUCCAUUCCCAACCCUAAUACUGACCUUUUAAUAGAGAAAUCUUGAAAUAGUGAAAUUUUACACCCUGUUUAAAGACUUAAGGUUGUGAAAACCAUCCCCUGUUCACCUGUUCAGCAGCACGUACUCGUUUAGACCAAAUAUGGGAGAGUCCCCUCCCCCCCGGUGGUAUGGUUGGAUAGUGAUUCCGUUCUUCCUUCGAUACCACAACACGCACUCAAGUUCGGUUUCUUGUGAUUUUGAUCUUUUAGUCUCUUAUCUUCGUGUUUGCAUAACGUUGCCGCGCAAACAUUUUCAUGAACUUUUGCACCUUUUGUACAAAACUAGUACGCUUAAUAGGUUCCGGCAGUGUCGGUCCAAUUUAACAUUUUUGUUAAUGCAUUCAUAACAAUGCGUUGCUUACAAAACAAAGGUUCCCAUUUUGUGCAAAAAAAAGAAGCUUUUAAGCAAAUUCGCGCGCCGUAAUUGGGCGUCUUUUAAAAAUGAAAUUUUUGACCGUCUAAUUAAGUCUCUGUUGGCGUCGGUGAUCACUGACUAACCUGGUCGACCAUUGCGUGAACUUUUAGGAUGUAGAUAUGGCCAUCAGCAGCGAGAAGCUUGUGACCUAAGGUGCGGAAUUUUUCAAGGCUUUAUAGUAAAAAAUACGAAGUUAAUGGAGGCAGGAACUACGCGGCUACAAGAAAAACCUCCGCCAAAAUUCGGAAGUCUGUUAUCAGAAAAUUAAGGACACAGCCGGUUGUUAUGUAUUGUAAUCGCCGCACUUUUUCUCUGUUUCAUUAUUUGCAACAGCUGAGAAAUCGGUUUUCUUGAACACUUAAGAAGAAAAACAUCAGCCACGGAACUGUCCGCGCGCCAAAGAACUAGGAAGGACUAAUGGAGGUUUGGGCGAAUGAGAAUGCAUCUUUGCGCAAUAAAUCGUCAUCUUUGGAAACUUAUAUAAACCCAUCUGAGCCAGCUACGAUGGCCACAGUUCUCUUCUCGUUUGUCAUCGUGACUGGAUUUCCUGGGAAUGUUUUGAUCGUGUCGGCCAUUAUUAGCAGGCAACAGCUUAGAACGCCGUGUUACUGGUUGAUUCUGAGUAUCGCUGUAGCUGAUCUGGGAAUGGCUCUCAUUGCGGCACCGCAGCGAAUCAUAGAGAACUAUAUUGGGUGGCCCUUUGGUGAAUUUCUCUGCAAUUUUCUCGUGUCCAUUCAAGAGCUCUUUGUAAGCGUGUCCGUUGUCACACAUACAACAAUCGCGCUGGAAAGGUACCGCGUUAUUGUGCAACCUUUCAAGAACAGACUACGUUUAAAAUCAGCGAAGGUGAUUGUCGGUGUAAUAUGGUUAACUUGCUACAUAACCGCCGCUUUACCGCAAGCGCUGAUGUUGGAGCUACAGCACCACGCAGACGACGGCAGACUUUACUGCUUGCCAAAUUUUCCAUCUCUAACUGUGAGACGAGUUUACAUAAUCUACCUAGUUACAGUCUUUAUCGCCUUGCCGUUAUUUGUUCAGUCGUGGUGUUAUGUUAACAUUUUCAUAGUGACAAAUAGUGAACUACGAUUCUCGAAAAGGAACGACCAGAGGAAAAACUUUAUUGAACGAAUGAGGAAAAAGAUCCGUCUAGUUAAAGUUGUUGUUUUUUUAGUUGCAGUUUUUCAACUCUGUUCAAUUCCUCGCGGUGUCUUGAUGCUGAUAAGUGAAUUCAAAAGUGAUGCCGCUUUAGCGACAAACCAGCUUUUCUGGUAUUCUGAUGUUAUUUCCCUGUUUGCUUAUUACAUCAAGCACAUGAUCAAUCCCGUCAUUCUUUGGUGUACGAGCGAUGAGUUUCGUUUCUGCUGUCGGUAAAGACAAUGGCGACGUCGCUGGGUACGAACGCUUUUUUUGAAGCGCUGUUAAGUUUCGCUUCUUGUUUCAAAGAAAGGGCACGUUGAAAAUUAACAAUUUAAUAACAGUCUAAGAAAAAACUAUGGUAGGAAACCCCGGGAGGGCUACUUAACAAAGUUUUUUUACGGGCAGGCUCUGCCCUGAACAGGUACCCCUUUCGUAUAUCUUCCACUGAAAAAUAGUAACCUUUUAACAUACCCACUUAAUAAGAAGAAUAAAUUGGUCACAUGAGAGCUUUAAAAUAAAUUUGUAGAUACCGGUAUGUAGAAAAAAUAAAAGUAAUUAAACUUGGGACGAAAAUGGGAAAUAUCAUGUCCGAGUAAGAUCAGAAACGAAAUUUCAAAAACGCAGAGCAGAGUCACAAUUCCGAAUUGUGUUCAGGUGUGUUUGUGUUUGUGCUAAGCUUGUAUCUUCGGCGCUCGUGUUUCAGUCAUUCAUAAAACGGCAUGGUACGCUAUACGGUCACGGUUUUUGCUGGAUAAUUCGCGCUUUACUCUCUAGCUUAUUGAUUUCAAUAUUUAACUACAAAACGUAAGACUCGUGAUGUUAAAAUUAUACCAAAGUUUACCAGUACGAAACCGUUCGUAAUUAUCUCUCGGCACUCGAUCGGAAACUCUACCGCACCUCCCAGAAGUUCAGCUUACAUUAUUAUACUGGAAUGUACCCUGAUUGAACGGGAACGUCAGUUGACGACGGCGCGCGCAAAUCAAACAACUGGCUUGACCAAUGGCAGAGCGACAAAUUGGGCACCGUAAGUCGCGUUUAGUCCUUUCUGCGCGCUUUCCCAUCGUCAAAUGACGUUCGCGUUCUGUUGCUAAAUCAGCCUAAAUAUUAACAAGUGAACUUACGCAAAAAGAUGCCAAAACUUGCGUCGUGACAAUCGUGACAAUAAUUAUGUUUGAAAAAAUUUCAGCCAAACUUCACCUUCCUUUAAAAAGAUCUUUUUGUAAAAGACCAGAACACAGUAACGCAAGUAGCCCUGUCACGUUUGUCACACACAAACUUUUUGCUGUCCUCUUCUCUCUGCCGUGACCGUAAGUUCACUAACGACAACGACCAUUCUCCGGGAUCGAGAAUACAAGACGACGACAGAUCUAAAAACCGGCUUGACCAAUAGCAGAGUGGGCAAAUUGGGCACGGAAAGUCGCGCUCGGUCUUUUCUGCGCAAUUUCGCGUUCUCAUUUGACGUCACGUUAAUCUUUGUUUAAUCUGCCUAUUUAUAUACUUUCCAAGUUUGGACUUGCAGUUUGCCCCAAAACAAACAAAGUACCAGCUCUGAAGCAUUAUAAUUAAACACCUUUAAUUUUUUAGCAGGAUUGCGCAAUGUCAAUAGUGUAAACGUUUUUGUGAACUGUUAAUUAAACAGGGGCGUAGCUACCGGUACCCAUGUGCGUACCUGAAAAAGUCGAGGGUACGAAAUAAUAAAAUAAUGAGCUACAAACGUGAGCAAUGAAAGAAAACAGUAAAACGAAGGAUAAGAUAGAUUAACGUUAAUUAUCUUAAAAGCAUAGUUCGGCUCAACUCAUUUAACAACGGACUGUUUGAUUUUUCUUUUUACACCCUAAUGUCUGCUCCCGGAAAAGAGACGUGAUUCAUUGCUGGACCGAAUCUUCAAUGGUAUAUAUAUCAUCAUCAUCAAGACCUUAUUAACGUGUCUUAGUAGCUAAGUAGCCGAGGGUAAUACCCUUCUACUAAUUGGGGACACACAAUAUAAUUAAGAAACCUAUUAACUAAUAAAUGAUCAAAAGCCUUUUAACUAUACGGUACUAAAAGCCUAGUUACACAAGAUUUGAUAUUAGAGAAACGGGGGAAUUUAAAAAGCGCAAAUAGCUCGCAAGGCUGGAUGUUUUAAAGCGUAAACGCAUUGUUUUCACUUCGGCCUCUCUUCGCACUAGACGAAGUAGGGCACGAUUAUUUUACAUCCGAACGUAGCGUGAUUCGUCGGUUAAAAGUAGUGUGGCAAAUCAGAGCGGUAAAAGAAUCACAACUGAUUUGUGUUAAGGGAAAAAUGUAGAUUUUAUUGGAUUUAAAUUUAUUUCAUGGCACGUGGUCUACAAAAUGAUAAAAAUAGGAUUUCAACGUUCCGAAUAAAUUUUUUCCAAUUUAAGCGUGGACAAACAUGUUAACAAGGAAUGUUUACUCUUGUGUAUGAUUAUUGAAACAUUGCACCUUAGGAAAUUUCUGUACGCAUAUUAUGUGUACCCUCGAAAUUGCAUUUUCUAAAAAUAAUUAUUCAGCUUCGUCACUGAACAACUGGACCUUUCUCCUGUUCAAAUACCAACCGUUUGUAGUUUUUACUUUUAACAUUUUGAGGAAUCCAGAGCAAAGGAAACUCGAAUUCUUUUACACAGCAGUUUCCCAGUAUAAAUUUCCUAAAUUCAUUUGCUUGACCGACAUUUAAUUUUGAGUCAUUCAGUUUAGCAUAUAAACUUUAAAGCUGAAUUUAUCCAGAAUUGUUUUCGGUGCUCAGCUGAUUUUAUGCAGCCUUCCUUCCAUUUGUUUUGUGAUGUUUUAACAAGUUGAUCAGAUAAUAUAAAUCGAUCGAGCACUGUUAUCGCUGUUUUCCGAUUUACAUUAUUUGAUGCACAUGUCUGUAUGAUUUACGUCCAUGAGCUGAAGAUUAAACUGUUGAAGUCCAAGUUUGAGUGCUGUCCUGUUUUCCAGUUGUAGCAGAUCCUAGUACCGUGGAACAGUGACGAGUUCCUUAAUUUCCCACUAGCCAAGCGAGUUGCAGAGUUAGUUUCCCCCUUCGUUGUUCACACGCCGAAGUCGCUCGAAUUACCUUUUUUAAGGCUUAUUUCCCCGAUUUGUGCUUGAAAGGGCAAAACCUAUCGUCACAUUUGCAAAUAAAAGUCUGAGAUACCACUAGAAUGUUCGCGUAGGUGCUACGGUUACACUAGAGGAUUCAUAAAUAUUUCGGGGAACAGGGGCAUUUGGUGGGUUGUGCGUACCUCUGAAAAAAUCCUGGCUACGCCCCUGUUGAACUUCUGUACAAGAAAAAAUUUGAUUAAACUGGCUCACAGAAUUGGCGUCCAAGCCCUUUUGUAAAACGACAAAAAAUAACAUCGGCGGGGAAAAAUCGUCUAUUCUUACGAACAGCUAGAUUCCAUCGAAGUCAUAAUGUAGCUAAACUAGAUGUAAAACUCUCAAACGUCUUGACGGUUUUACUGUUUCAAGAAUUUAAUAAUACACCACUGAGAUUCAUGUAUUAAGUUUUCCAAUCGAUUAACUGAAGUCUUUCAAGACUUAGCAAUAUACUACUAUCAGAGACUUUGUCCCCCUCAGUCUUUCGCGGCAACUGAGAGACUUACCAAUGGGCGAGAAAAGGUGAUCUGUCAUUGUCUGGCUUUUAAUUACCAUGAUUUUAAUUAACCGAUCCUGAACCAAUGUAAUUAGUGUAGAGUUCUGAGGCUCAGAUUUCCAAUUAGCACUAUCGGGACAAAUUAGUCCAACACCAGCGUUUCCAAGCAAACUAUCACCAUUGUAAUACCAAAAAUUAUAUCAGUCCGAGCUUAAAUCAGAUUCAGUAUUUGAAAAAUAUGAGGUACCCUUUUUCAGUUUGGCUAACAAUCCAAGACCGAUUAUUAGAUGAUAUUGUUUUGUCACCUAAGUUAAUUAUCAAUUCGAAUCAGGCUUCUGCUUCAGUCAUCCCUCUUCUUGGGAAUGACAGUGAAUUCAAGGCACAAAAUCUGACGGGAUGAGAUUCCGGGUGGUAAAAGUAUAUGCUUUUUUAAUUCAUUUCGAUAUUCCCAAAUCGAUGCUCUUUUUCAUUUCUUUUGUCCAGCGACCGUGUACACCUGUUGUAAAUCAGUGGCUAUGCUUUAUACCAUUCUCCUGAUCAAAGCCUUAGUUUCCUUUUCCUUGAAAAAGUUUUGUUUUUAAAACGAAAAGCUUUGUAGAACGUGGACCUUCGAUUGGUUUCCUUUGGUCAGCAGAUAAACUGAGUCACGUAAUUUCUACAAAAAGAACAACCUGCAGAGCUUAUUUUUAAGCCCUCUUAUAACUAAAGCUCAGAGGUACGUUGAUCACGGCCACCAUCUUGCCAACAAAAAACCCCUCUCACUUUAAAAUAUUUUUGGACUCGCCACAGCGCUCUGUCGGUUUCAACGUCCAAGAUGGCGUGAGAGCAAUAGCCCCGAAAAAGGUAUCAUCGUUCGCGCUGCAAAAUACGCCUGCAGCCUACAAAAACAGUGGUCACAAAAUUGCGUUUUAAAGAAUCUAUUUGAAUGUGCAUGUGCCUCCGAAGAUAAUAGGGAGCUUAUGCAACGAUGGCGGCAACGAGAACGGCAUAAAAGCAAUAGGUUAGAUAAGCAAAACAACAACUUUGCACGCGCAUCACGCCUUUUUCGUACAUUUCUUUGCCGUCACCGCGCAACUACGACGUGAAACUUCCUAAUUUCAAGUUUUAAAGGGAAGUAAACACAAGACGACGAUUUUCCUUUUUUUUUUCGUUUAGUGAACUUAGAUACAGUCCUUUAGAAUUCAACUCCUGUAAAAAUCGCCAACAUUUGACAAAUUUAUAGAGUUGCAAUAAGAGCGAUGAAGUUUGAAGAAGCCCAAAUCACUUUUUGGGUAACGUUUUCGAUGCCAUUGCCGUCGUCAUUGGUUUUAAGUUCCCCUAUGAUUCUGUCCAGCUCAAAAGCGAGAAUCACGAUUGUGACGCAAUAUGUCUGGAUACUACUCCUCUGUAAAAUCUGCGUCAAAUAACCAGUUGCUCUCCUGGCAACAGUAGGUCGUCAUGCACAACAUAGAACGCUGGUCCUCAGGACAUUGAAUAUUCUUUCAUGUCACUCAAGUUCUGGUCCAACACUCAUUUCCUUUCGGCGCAGAGUGAAUUAACAAGGGCGGUAAGUGUGCUGGAAGUGUUUUUUUUUUUUUGUUUUAGAAAAGACGCGGUUUUUUCUACAAAGAGCUGGUCAUCACAAGAAUGCCCAUUUUAUAUAUUUUCAGGAUGUCAGCGUCAUCCCUCGACGUGUUUUUUCCCCUCAGUUUUAGGAAUAACGCAGUGCAAGCAAAAGCCAAUAUUUAACAUUAACCUUAGCUUUUUCUUGAUUUAUUUUCUUUGCGGCAAGAAAGGAUUUUUUUUUGGCGUAAUGAGAGUUUUGGGUAUUUCAGGUGAACUCGAAAAGAUUGACAAAAGUGAGCGGCUUUUUAUUCCAAACACGUGUGAAAGGAACGCAAGAAAAGAAAAAAAAAUUAGCUGAUUCAAAGCUGUUUGCUUUCCUCAAUUUAAAACACAAACUAAAAGCUAGCGUGUCUUUGUUUUGUAUGCAGUUAAAAUCGCAAACCUUAACCAUCUCAUCAAGAUCGUAUCUUCCCAGCUAAAAAAACAGCAGCGAUGAGCCAGAAUCGAUUUGGCGCUUAUAUCCUUAUAUUCACAUUAAAGAAUCAAAAAGAGAUUUUUUGUAGAAAUCCCAGCACGAAGUGGCUCUUAUAUACUGCAUCAAAUUAUAAUCUUAGUGGACAAGACAAAGGUUUCACCUGAGAUGGGAUUUUUACCUACAACAUAUAGACUAAACAAGCUCUCAAAGCACUUUUAAGAUGUACAAAAAACCGACGCACAAAAUUGUACCGUUUUUAAUUUGAUAAUGAGACGUAUUCAACCUGGAAAAUUUUGUUUGCCUUAUCUACAAACCUUUCUAGUCGGUUUUGUUUUCGUUCAAUCAAAUACUGGCUUCCUUACGUUGCUCGUAGUUGCUCGAGCUCAAAGCGGCCCUGUAAGGUUUACCUUACACGGUGGUCAUGUCAUAUUCAUCUCGUUGCAGAUACUACUCUUUUGGCUUCUAACUAUCAAUUGAAAGUAAAAGUCAAGGAAAAUCGCAUAAAUUACAACAGGUGUAUUUUAUGUUGUCAAACAUGCUUAAAACCGAUUAUUAUUUUCCAAAACCCUCUAGCUGUACUCGCUUAUUUUGCAUUAUCUCCAAACAUGCUUAAUCCAUGGUCCUUUCAGUGAAUAUUCGCUGUACUCAUGACACCUUAAAUUUACAAGUAAUAAGAACAUUAUGCAGGCUUCCUGUUUUUUUCCUUUUCCCUCUUUUUUUGUAAUGCAAUUGUCAAUUACUCACACCAUCGAUUAGAAAUAUAAACGCCCUCAAAGCAAAUGUUGAAGAUAUGCAAAAGUCAAUUUUAAUUGUACGUUUAAAAUUCGACCAUGCCCACAGUAAAUAUAAAAACUAAAGUUGUCACAAGCAUGUUAAAUAUGUUUUAUUUAGAUGUUGGGAGAUCCACAACUCCUUCGGUUUUUGGUCCUUCCAAAAUAAUAAUAAUAAUAAUUAUAAUAAUAAUAAUGACAAUAAUUUUCAAUAACAGUUCGGUUUUGCCAAGCCUUGACACAUAUCUCUCGGUCAUGUCAUUACAUAAUUAUUUGAAAGAGGAUAAUGCAUAAUAUUACUGAAUUUUAUUAACAUUUUAUACAAGAAAAAAAAAAAAUUCCAGUUUACUGUCCGCGUCAGAUUUUCACCUCAUAUUACUUUGGUUACGGAAAUCAUCUCAAAUCAUUUUUACUGAACAUUUUGGUGAAUUACGGGUCAUUAAAAACAACAGAAUACAUGUCAUUUUAUAUGCAAAAAACCCAAAGGCUCGUUUGACCAAAGGUCUGUGUGAUUAAGCUCAUUAGUCAUAUCUUGUCACCCAGUGUUUAAGGAGGCUAAUGAAUUAUAUUUUUCAACUUACAUUUAAAGUAAACAAAAGACUAUCUCAGUUUCCUAUCAAAAUGAAAUUUGUACCUCUAUGACAUAAAUUUUAAUAUUGUUUAAAUUAUCAUUUUUAAUUUAAUUUUAAUCAUAGGCUUUUAGCUUACUGGCAAAGCGUAUUGGUUUAAACGGCUCGGCUAUGUUAUUGUUAUUGCUAAUCACGACUUUGUAUAAGAUAAUAUCUACAUGACUUUUGUGCCGUGUCCGGACAAUCCCCUUGGCUUACUUGAACGUGAAAGUCCAGUAUUUUUUGGCGCCACUAAAUUAUAUACUGCUCCCUUAAUUGAGACCGAAAAGACCGGAAAAUAUCAGUUUAAAUGUAAACUACACGGAUAUAACCUUCUUAUUCAGAAACUAUCAAACCUCAGGCUGCAAACACACUUAUCAUAGGCAGAACCAGCCACGUGCAGGUAAGAUGGAAUAUAACAUUUAAAUAACUCUGAGCAACACCCUUUGAAAGCAUUUUUUUCCAAUCAUGUUCUCCCCGUUAUAAAAUAUAAAACACCUUAGAUCAGACUGACAAAAGUCCUUUAAUGCUUAAUAUUUUUUGCGUCCUAAAUAAGAAGACGAACCAACCUUGAAUUUAAACAAAAAUAACGGGGCCCAGAUUUGUGUGAUUUGAAACAAAGUAAAAGUCAUAUCCACGCGAUAUUGUUGAUCAGAAAUAAUGUUCAAUACGUUUAAGGUUGUCUUCUGCAAGAUAGAGAUUUUUAUUGAACUUUGUUCAAAAUCUCUUGCUUCAUAAACUGUUUUAAUAUAACCGCAAGAUAUUGUUUCACAGCGGCAUUAAGUGCUCGAGAUGGGUUUUACGGGGUGAUAUGCAGAUUUCUCGUCACAGAGCCAGGGGUAGUGUUAACCCUCGAGCCAAAAAGAAAACUAUUAUUAUGGACGCCGUGUUUAGACUGACAUGGAUCCGUGUCAAUAAUGACCCUAUCAAUUAGAUUUGCCUCAUUAAAUAUUAACUUGCCUUCGCUUUAAUACUAAUAUGAAAAAUUGCAAGGUGAAGUUUAAAAGACUUGCGAUAAACAAUGCCCUUAAGCAACUUAAGAGUUUUUCAAAGUCGUUCCGUCGCAUUUCUCAGAAACUUAACGAUAUCAACUGUGAAGGGUUAGAUUCCUGUCAGAUAUUGCCUUUUUAACGUUGCCGGUUGGUGUUAAAUCGUAAAAGCUCUAUGUACACUUCCCACAUGAAGUUCGUCACGCGUGUAAAUCUGAUUGUCAAAUAAAUGUUUGUACUGUUGCCAUUUGAUCGUAUGUGUCGAGCAAAAAUGUUCUAAAAUAGGCAAUGAUUUGAUAAGUUUAAGUUGAUAAUUCUCGUUCUGGUAGUAAAUGCCCGAGGGAGACUGAAAAUUUAAUGUUGUAUUGAAGACUUUGUCGAAACCGCCUUUGCGGUUAGGUCACCUUCAUUUUAAAAUCUUUAUUCCAACAGCUCGUUUAUCAAGAACAUAAUUGUGUUGUCUUGUAUUGACAAUAGGACAGGUGUAUCAACACAGCUGAAAACGAGCGACGUAGUUUCGACAGGCCGUGUUUGAAUCGUGAAAUUUUAAAGAAUUCUGACAAAGACACUCGACAAUCUCCGAAGUAACUCCUGGUGGAAGUCACUACACAGAAACUUAGACAUGCAAGAAGACAACAUCACUGGCGCUCAAAACACCUCAACAAGUAAUCACGCGAGAUCAAGCUACGCGAUUCUUGUUCCACCGUUGUUUUGUACCAUCAUAGCUGUUGGGUUUAUCGGUAAUACGCUACUUGUUUACACUGUCCUUCGCUGGAGAGAUAUGAAAACACCCUGCAACUACCUCAUCUUGAACAAUGCGAUCGCAGACCUUGGAGUAGCCCUUGUAGCUGCACCGCUGAGAAUCGUGGACUUUUACUACGGUUGGAUCUUAGGAGAGACCGCCUGCCAGGUACUCGCCCCUACGCAGGACGUCUUCGUCGUUGUGUCGGUUAUAACCUACACGAUAAUAGCUUUUGAGAGGUACAGAGCUGUGAUGACGCCGUUCAAGCGACAUUUCUCUUUAAAAACUAUCGGAAUCGUUGCAGUUUUCAUCUGGAUCAUUGCUUACCUCGGUAGUGGGUUACCCAUUGCGACGAUCCUAAGCGUGAAGGUGAUCAAGGGAAAACCCCUUUGUGCUACAAACUUUGCAUCUAAAACCGCGAUGAGGUUGUACGAGAUCUAUCUGGUCCUCGUUUUCCUCUUAGUCCCUUUGUUCCUACAAACUUUAGCUUACUCCAUUCUGGUGCAUCACUUAACAGGAAGAAAUUCUAAGGACAAGUCACUUGAAAAUUCAACAAGUUCCCGUGGCAGGAGGAUCAAGAAGCGCCGAUUAGUACGAGUGACAAUCAUUCUGAUUGCCUUCUUUCAGAUUUGCUAUAUUCCAAGGAUGGUGAUGAUGAUAAUCUACGAUUUUGCGCGCGAAAUUACAAACAACAACUACUUCGUAUAUGUAGACCUUUCCGUGAUGGCUUUAUUCUAUGUCAAACACGUUAUAAACCCAAUAAUUCUUUUUACUAUAAGCACGGAAUUUCGAAGGCACUCUCCUUGGAGAAUGACUACCUGUUUCAAUGCCAUACCACGACGCUUUAGGGUCUUUUCGUCUCGCCGAUCGACCAUGAGCACUAGACUAAGCUUCCUUGGCAACAAUGAAAAUGAACGAGAAGCGAUAAACAAGGAAACUGAGUUUUAA